AUGGAACGUUUAUCUCAUCGCAUUGAGCGAGCAGUUGAGGAGAAGCUUUGGAAACCAAUUGCCCUUUCUAAGGAUGGACCAAAGCUUUCUCACCUCUUCUUCGCUGAUGAUUUGAUUUUGUUUGCAGAAGCCGAAGGGGGCCAGAUUGAUGUGAUUCGAUCUUGCUUGGAGGAUUUUUGCCUAAGCUCGGGUCAGAGAGUUAACUUCCACAAAUCUGCCAUGUUUGUUUCUCCGAAUGUGCAUAGAGACAAAGCUCAGAGACUCAGCUCUAGGGCCGGGAUUACCCUCACCAAUGACCUAGGCAGAUAUCUGGGGCUUCGAGCCAUCAAUGGGAGGAUCACUCAAGUGAGAUACCAGGAACUUAUCCUUAGAAUUCAACAGAAAUUGGCUACCUGGAAAACGAAGCAUCUUUCAGUAGCUGCUAGGAUCACCUUGGUGAAGUCUGUUGCCUCUUUUAUGGCCAUUUAUCCCAUGUUUACCGAGCAAUUACCUGCUUCUGUGUGUAAUUCUCUUGACAUGAUCAACAGGCAGUUCAUAUGGGGAGAAGAAGAUGGCAAGAAGAAGUUCCACCCUAUAGCCUGGGAGCAAAUGACUCUACCGAGACAACUAGGGGGAGCUGGGAUUAGACCUACUAAACUGGCUAAUUAG